GACUUGUGCCCCUUCUCCCCUCUCCCCCACAUCGCAUAUACCUUCUUGUAUAAUUCCGUAUAUACCAUACUAUCUCAUACUCUCUUGCUCUAGUCUUUCUCUUGUUCCAUACCUUCGAUCAUAUCAUCACCAUGGGCCCCUCUCCAAAACAGCAACGGAGGGCCGGAGCGCCAAAGGCCAAAGGUGCAGUGCGCGCCAAGUCGGGCUGUUACACGUGCAGAAUACGUCGCAAGAAGUGCGAUGAGCAAGCAGAUGAAAAGGGCCACUGUCAGACUUGCGUUCGCCUACAACUACAAUGUCUUGGUUUUGGUGCGAAACGUCCAGAGUGGCUGCGGGAAAACCGCAACGUGGUAGAACUACGAGAGAAAAUCAAGACUUUCUUGGCUGCUCAGGGAAAGAUAAAGGGCCAUUCGGGUUCAGGCCCUCGCAGUUCUGAUUUGGAACCUACUAUUUUACCCCUCACACUGGAGCAUAGUUCAUCCAGUAGCAGUCCCCGAACCCCCACUUUAUCAGUUUCGUCGGGUGAUGAGAUGCAUGUACGCUCACAGUACCACCCGAUGCGUGACAUUCAUCCUUACGCUCAUGGCACUAGUUUGCACCCAAUGCAAGAGUUGAGCCCUGACUCUCCUCUUCCUCCUUCUCGAGGGCCAUUGUAUCCACAAGAUCUCCUUCUUCCUCACUAUCAAACUUCUAUUAUGACUCCUAGCUUAGAUUCAUGGCCGAACAAUCAAGCGAAUUCAAGUCAGCUCACAACGUACACUAGUCCAGCAAUUACGAGCAGUUUUUCUGCUUCCUAUAAUCGUAACGAUGCAUAUUUUGAGGAGGAAGAGUACCCGCUUGCUGCCUCGGUUGGCGUCAGUGGCGAUUUUGGACAUAACCGUUUCAUGCCAAGGAUGACCGCAAACUCUCAGGAUCUUUUGCUGUCCCAUUACAUGCAAAAUGUUUUGAAAAUCCAGUAUCUGCAUGCCGACCAAUCUAUUGACAGUAUCGUAUGGAGGCUCAUCAACGAAAGUGACUCUGCGCGUGAUGCUGCCUGUCUCCUAUCCGACCUCCAUCGCAAGAGCAUUCAACGUGUCGGCACCUACGAUGACGAAAACGAAAGCCAAGCGCUACUCCAACGUGUUCAGCGUAUGCCAUUG